GAGGCCCAGAGUGGAAGGGGCGGGGUUAGCGAAGCGGAAGUGCGUCACCGCUUCGGAGGGCGGGGACUGUCGUUGAAAGACACGGGCCUUCCUCAGCCCGCCUCGAUUAGAAAGCCGGCCGGCGAACGAGAAGGAAGCGCGGAAGAUACGCCGAGCGACCAUGGCCUCUCCUUCGGAAAAAGUCUUCCCGGUUUACGACGAAACGUCGACUUCGAAGCUGCUCCGGAAAUCGAAAGAAAUGCCCUUCGUCCCGAUCGGCCUGGCGGGCUUCUUCAGCGUGGCGGCCUACGGCAUCUACCGGCUGAAGCACCGGGGCCAGACCAAGAUGUCCAUCCACCUCAUCCACACCCGCAUGGCCGCCCAGGGCUUCGUGGUGGGCAGCAUCGUCUGCGGUGUGGUUUAUACCAUGAUCCGGGAUUACGUCUGGAAGCCUCAGUCGAAGGCUUAGGAAACCCGUCGUAGCUCUCCUCGCUCCUCUCCUUGACCGCACGGAUCGUUCCCCACCUCCAAGUGGCUGCGGGCGAAAGGAAAACGGAAAAAUGGCGAAUAUAAUUCCUACUUUACAUCUCUUCCGCCCGGCCUCACCUUCCCGGCGGCCAGAAUGCCUUGAGAUUUUAACUUGGCGGGGGAUAAAAAAAAAAAAGUCACUUGUAUUUUAUAUUUAAAGACACGUCUGAAUGAAAGCAAGCCAAGUCAGAGAGCACCAGGGAUCCCUCAUUUUACAUUUUAGUUUAUUUUUGGUUACCUCAAGGCCGCGAAUUGAGGUUUGUUCGCUCACCCUAAGGAACCCCUCAUUUUAUAUUUUAUUUUGGAUUUCGCACAACCACGAAUUGAGGUUUCUUCGCUCACCCCAAGGAACCUUUCAUUUUAUUUUGGUUACCUCAAGACCACCAAUUGUGGUUUGCUUUUUCACCCCAAGGAACCCCUCAUUUUAUAUUUCAUUUUAUUUUAGUUUCCGCUCAACCACAAAUUGAGGUUUGUUCACCCCAAGGAAUCUCUCAUUUUAUAUAUAUUUUGUUUGUUUCCUCAAAACCAGGAAUCGAGGUUUAUUUGCUCACCCUAAGAAACCUGUCAUUUUAUUUUGGUUACCUCAAGACCACCAAUUGUGGUUUGCUUGCUCACCCCAAGGAACCCCUCAUUUUAUAUUUCAUUUUAUUUUGGUUUCUGCACAACCACGAAUUGAGGUUUGUUCACCCCAAGGAAUCUCUCAUUUUAUAUAUAUUUUGUUUGUUUCCUCAAAACCAGGAAUCGAGUUUUGUUCGCUCACCCCAAGGAACCUGUCAUUUUAUUUUGGUUACCUCAAGACCACCAAUUGUGGUUUGCUUGCUCACCCCAAGGAACCCCUCAUUUUAUAUUUCAUUUUAUUUUGGUUUCCGCACAUCCAUGAAUCAAGGUUUGUUCGCUCACCCCAAGGAACCCCUCAUUUUAUAUUUUAUUUUGGUUUCCGCACAUCCACGAAUCGAGGUUUGUUCGCUCACCCCAAGGAACCCCUCAUUUUAUAUUUCAUUUUAUUUUGGUUUCCGCACAACCACGAAUCGAGGUUUGCUAGUUCACCCCAAGGGGGGGAGAGAGAGGGAUUGUUUGUUUCCUCAAGACCAUGAAUUGAGGUUUGUUUGCUCACCCCAAGGAUCCCCUCAUUUUAUAUUUCAUUUUAUUUUGGUUUCCUCAAGACCACAAAUUGAGGUUUGUUCGCUCACCCCAAGGAAUCCAUUUUAUAUUUCAUUUUAUUUUGGUUACCUCAAGACCAUGAAUCGAGGUUUGUUCGCUCACCCUAAGGAACCUUUCAUUUUAGUUACCUCAAGAUCACAAAGUGUGGUUUGUUGGCUCACCCCAAGGAACCCAUUUUAUAUUUCAUUUUAUUUUGGUUUCCUCGGGACCACGAAUCGAGGUUUGCCGGUUCACGCCAGCGUUUCGUCACUGAGGCAACUCCAGAUUUUGUCUUUUUCACAGAUAAUGUGAAUUUCGAAAGACAAAUUAUGUGUUUUUCUCUCAAAGAUCGGGAAGUUUCCCCCCGUUUUCCUUCACCUGCCCGGCAGACAUGAAUUUAGACAGCAAAUCCGUUGCCAACACGAAUAAUUUGCUUUUUUAAAUCCAUUUCUAUCGAAGGCUGUGCGUUUUCCAUUAGAAGUGGCGUCACUUUGUCGCUUGAAGUCCCAUCGCUCACACGAAAAAAACAACACAAUUUUGUGACUGAAAUGAGGGAGCAUUUUAACUCUUUUAACCUAGGCGCCUUUGACCGUCGAUCCAAGCUGUUCAUAAUUGUAUUUAUUUACACCUUAUUAAAACUGUAGAUGUUUAAAUUA